AUGAUGCGGCAUGUGUUGAAUUGUGCCAAAGACCGGCACAAGGGCGGCAGCAGCACCUUGGCAGCGGCAGCACAAUCAGAUGGCACCAUUGCGUCUGCGGAGGACACUCUCGACACGCCCUUUGCGUUUCGGGUGGCGCUUCAGCAGCUCGGCGGCAAGCCCAAGGUCCGCCUGGACGCCUACCUGUCUGCCCAGCUGCCGGACGCCAGCCGCGCCAAGAUCCAGGCCAGCAUCAGGGCUGGCCUCGUCAGCGUCAACGGCGCCCCCGCGGCCAAGCCCUCGGCGACCGUGCGGGCGGGGGACGAGGUCGCCUGCAGCCUGCUGCCGCCGGAGCCGUGCACGGCUGAGCCUGAGUCGAUCCCGCUUGAUGUGGUCUACGAGGACCGCCACCUCAUCGUGGUCAACAAGGCCCCGGGCAUGGUGGUCCACCUGUCCCCCGGCCACUCGCGUGGCACCCUGGUCAACGCGCUGCUGGGGCACUGCGGGCUGCCGCCCAUGACGGUGGCCAGCGGCAGCGCGCGCGCGGGCGGCGGCGGGCUGCUGGCGGGGGGCGACUCGGAGGGUGACGACGAUGAUGGCGAUGAUGAGUUGUAUGACGAAGACGCUGACGCCGAGGGAGAAGGGGCCGAGGAGCUGCUUGAUCGAUCACAACAGCAGCAGCAGCAGCAGCAGCAGCAGCAGCAACAGCAGUCGUCGAGACCGUCAGCAGCAGCAAGAAACGGAUUGCCAGAGAAACCUGGGGCAGGGGCAGUGGAUGCUGCAGCGGUGGCUGCGUCGCCGGCGCCGCCGCCGGGCGUGCUGCGGCCGGGCAUCGUCCACCGUCUGGACAAGGGCACCAGCGGCCUCAUGGUGGUGGCCAAGGACGACCUGGCCCACACGCGGCUGUGUGAGCAGUUCAAGGCGCGGACGGUCUCGCGUAUCUACCAAUCAGUCACCCUGGGGGCACCCUCCACCCCCAACGGCCGUGUCGCGACCAACAUCGCCCGCGACCCCCGGGACCGCCUGCGCAUGACGGCGCUGGGCUAUGGCGCCGCCAGGGGCAGGACGGCGGCCAGCAACUACCGCCUGCUGCGGCGGGUCGGGGGCGGCGCGGCGGCGCUGGUCGAGUGGAAGCUGGAGACGGGGCGUACCCACCAGAUCAGGGUCCAUGCAAAACACAUGGGCAACCCACUCGUGGCGGAUGACACGUACAGCCCCGGCAAUGCUGCCGCCGCCCGCGCGCUCGCCGGCCGGCGCGCCAGCCUCGUUCCCGGCAUCAAGGCCGCCCUUGACGCAUUCGGCCGCCCCGCGCUGCACGCUCUCACGCUGGGGUUUGACCACCCUUUUACCGGGGAGCGGCUUCACUUUGAGGCGCAGCUGCCUCCCGAUUUUCUGCAGCUGCUGCAAGAAUUGGACCGGCUGCUCGAAGGGGGCGGCGGCGGCGAAGUGCUGCCCGCGCUGUCAGCGUGGGCCGACACCCUGCCCACGCAGCUGUGCCAGCUUGGAGCCAAGGGGCUGGCGCAGGUGCCCCUGCAGCUGGCGGACCAGCUGUGCCCUCUCAAGGCUGCCGCCGCCCUGCUGCCGCGCCCCUCGAGCCAGCGCGCCGCCCUGGACUUGCUCGCCGCGUCCCCGCGCACGGCCGGCGGCGCGGCGGCGCUGCUGGCAAAGGGCGGGAACGCCACCCAGGCCGCGGCGCUGCAGGCGCGGCUGUGCGGGGUCCUGCUGGACCCUGUCAAGGCGUGCGGUCUCAAGCUGCCCAAGGGCGCCAACCUCACGUCUGCCCUUGGCGGCGCCUUUGCCGCGCACGUGUCCAAGGCUGCGCCCACCUAUUGGCAGGGCUUCCUGGCGCGCGCGGGCGCGCCGUUUACCUGGCGGGGCGCGGCGGCCCCCAAGGCGGCCGGCAACCAGACGCGGGUUCAGGGCGGCAAGGGAGUGGAGUAUGAGGGGUCCAACCUGCUGUACCGCCUGCUGGUGCGGUCGUUCCAGCGGUUCACCGCCCUGGGCGACGCCAAGGUGGCCAAGGCGCAGGCCUACCUGCCCCCCGCCCUGCAGCCCAUUGCGCAGCGCCUGCUGGAGUCCCUCCCCUCCAAGAUGUGCGAGCAGCCGCGGGCGGCGCUUGCAGCAAUCCCGACCACUUGGAAGGACGCCGUCUGCCCGUUUGGCAUGGUCGUCUCCCCGCUGUCCGCCGCGGCCGCCGGGUUCAAGCCCUGGGGGAUGGUGGUGGCGGCCGUGGCCUACAACGCCUCCCUCGCUUUCGACAAUGCCAUCGAGCAGCCGACGCUGUCGACGUCGUGGGACGCCAACGGCACCAAGAUAAUGUACCUCGGGGGCUAUGACGAGGAGGAGGGGGGGCGGCUGGUGACCGGGGAGCCGGGUGCCAUCAUUGCCGAGGCGAUGAGGACCGACCCGAGGUACCGGGCUGCAUUCAACCAGGACAAGAUGUCCUCGUGGGUUGCCCGAAUGUGCGCCGUGGUCUACGCACCAGAGAUGGCCUGCAACUCGACGCUCAAGAUGCCGUUCACCCAGAUCGGCACGACCCUUGACCCCGUGGUCCAGAUCACGCAGCUGCUGUCAGCCGCCCCCGCCGGCGCCGUCGACCCGGCCCUCCUGAGGAUCGACGCCCGCCGCUUCACCAGCGUCGCGGCCGUCAAGGCGGCCCUCGCAGCGCUACCCGAGGCGCGCCGGGAGGCCCAGGCCGCGCGGCUGCGGGCGUGGCUGGAGUCUGUGCCGGGGCGCGUCAACGCGACCGGGGCGCGCGCGGGGGUGAGGUGGUACGGCUGGCUGACGCCGUUUGUGUGCAAGGUGCGGCUGCAGGACUUCAAGAUGGGGGAGAAUGAGACGAGCCUCUGGAUGGACCUCAACCCGGUGGGGCUGGCCAUCCGCAUGGCGCUCAGGCUGGACGAGCCGGCAGCGGUGAUGAGCGCCCUUGUGGGGGGCAAGACGGGCGGCGACGUCAUGGCGCGUGCGUGCGACGCAAUUUACAAGUGA